CCCCCCUCCCUCGCCGCCGCUGCCCGGGUUUUCUCCCCGCCUUUCUGACGUGCUCCGCGGGCCAGAGACGCGGGGACGGGAGGAGCCCCCCGGAGCUCCGUCUUCUGCAGACCGCCCUGGUGGAAUCCGAACCCGGAGCAUCUGAGGGCCGUCGCGCUGAGUUUCCCGGCCUGGGAUCCAGCGAUCUGUCCCAGGGCAGCGAUUCCUCAUGGAAUGGAUCCCAGUGUCCUCCGGAUCUCUUGUUCAGCCCGCCGGACCGGAAAGGUGGGAGGCGGUGGAAGAAACGUCUGACCGGUCAGGAGCCGCCGAGGCCGCCCAGGGAAGGGUGGAAUUGCCGCUGUGCCGCGGGGCCUUUUCCAGCAACGACUUGCAAAGGUGCCAGGGGCCCUCGCCCUGCCAGGCGGGCAGGGCGGCCUCUCUCGAGCCCACGGGGCCGUCUCCCUCCCACGGAAGCCAAGCCCCCGGCUUGCCUUUUGACCGCUCCAUCUCGGGCUCCUCCACCUGCUCAUCCCUGGCCAGCUCGUCACAGGAGUCGGAUGAAGUCUUCAGUGAUGCCGAAGGAAGGGCCACGCCGGAGAAGAAGCGGGUGCUGAGGAAGACCAAGUCCUGGAAGACGUUUUUCACAAUGGUGCACUGGUCCCUGCGGCGACGCAGCUCCUGGGUGCAACUGGCCGGACACGAAGGCAACUUCAAACCCAGCGAAGGGGGACAGAUCCUGAAGAAGUUCAGCGCUGUGGAGGAGGCAUGCCUAGCCAAGCUGAUGACGGACGUCCUGCGCCCCUUUGUGCCCGCCUACCACGGCGUGGUGGAGCUGGGCGGUGAGCGCUACAUCCAGAUGGACGACCUUCUCCGCGGCCUUCAGAACCCCAGCAUCAUGGACUGCAAGAUGGGCACCAGGACGUACCUGGAGGACGAAGUGUGCAAGGGUCCGCAACGGCCAGCCCCCCGGCGAGACCUGUACCAGAAGAUGGUGAAGGUCGACCCCUGGGCCCCCACGGCAGAGGAGCACGGCCAAGGGGCCGUCACCAAGCCCCGCUACAUGCAGUGGAGGGAGAACAUCAGCUCCAGCGCUUCCCUGGGCUUCCGGAUCGAGGGGGUCACGAUCGAGGGGGGCGCUGUGCAACGGGAGUUCAAGCAGACGCGGAGCCAGGAUCAGAUUGUCGAGGUUUUUCUGCAGUUUGUGAAGAACCGUGUGGAUGUUCUGAAGACUUACCUGACCCGCCUGGAGAACCUGCGCCAGGCCUUGGCCGAGUCCAUCUUCUUCAAGAGGCAUGAGGUGAUUGGGAGCUCUCUGCUCUUCCUGCACGACCAGAAGGGCCACACCAGCAUCUGGAUGAUCGACUUUGGCAAGACCCUCCCAGCUCCAGCCAACAGCCACCUUCGCCACAAUGUGGCCUGGACCCCAGGGAGCCACGAGGACGGCUUCCUGAUCGGCUUGCAGCACCUCGCCAGCACCAUCCGGGCGAGUCUGGACAGGGCCGAGCAGAGGCCGGAGCCCGUCCCGGGGCCCUCCUGAGCCUGCCCCCCUCGGGCGAGUCUAGACCGAGCCAAGAGCAGCGGUGGAGGACCUGCCCCGACUGGUGGGCGCUCAGCCCGGGAAGGGCAAGCGCGCUGUGGGGGGCAGCCAGAGCACCGUGGAAGGGCUGCCCUGCCUGGCCCAAUGGCGGCGCCAGGGCGGGUGGCAAAAUCCCUGUUCUUGCUGAAAAGCCCACGGCAAGCCUGAAACACCAACAGAAGCACAAUGCAAGGAGUUUGGGUUUGUGGGCGUGGCAUGAUGAAUGGAACUGCGUUUCCUCCCCACCUUUUGAAUUCCUUUUCCUGCCCACGCCCCAGCCGCUCUCCAAAGGGCCUUCCGUUUCCUUGGCCAUCUCCAGCCCCCUCGGUGGAGGGGCCGUGCUCUGGCAACGAGGCGGCGAGCAGGAUCAAUACUACACUUAAUCUGCGAGCACGGGAGGUUGGGCGUGGUUCAGAUGUUGGUGAAAGCCCGGACUUUGGCUUUAGGGAAAUCAGCUGUGAUUGCCUGCGCCUAUCUGCGGUUAACUGAACCGAGGUUUGCUCAAUUAGCCCAGCUUUCCGGGUUCACGCAGCACACUGAAGCCUCGGCUAACUGCUGGGCUGGGCUUUCACAGAACACGGCGGUGGGUCGGUGGGUGAUUCAGCGUGUUGGGCAAACACAAGCCGCUGCAUCUGUGUAAAGUUUGGAACUGUGCGCUUGGAAGGAACGCAACCUCCUUUUGUAACAUUGAGUUUAGAAAAAUAAAACCGGGUCACAGAUGCAUCUUCCGGUUCUUAUUUGGAGGACAUUCCAGUAUCUUUUCUCUC